GACAAUCGGUGACGGUGACGUAUUAAAUUUCGUAUUGUUUACUUUAUAUUAGACAUUUUAAUAACAGACUGCACAAAUAGAAUUUCAUCAUUGUAACAUCUGUUAUCUGAUGAGCGCUUCAAAUCCAUUUUAUGAGAAAGUUUAGUGUGAAAUUAUGAAUGUGUGCAAUUUUAAAAGAGAAACAGGUCGAUAUUGGUUGAUACAUGGAAUAAUUUGGACGGGUAUUGCUUUGCCAACAAUAUUUUUUCUGAUAAGAAUUUCUCGUUUUCAACAUGCAUACAAAAAUCAAGAUUUAAACACAACCAGCAAAGCCAAUUAUACUCCUGUAAAAGACAAUGUGAGCAUUUUGAAUGCUAAUGAAAAUUACAGUGUGUGUUUGUUUCCAUUGGUCAAAGAUGAUAAAUAUACUUGUCGAGUUCCAUGUGAUUGGUCUCUUAUGAAUACUGGAUUACUUGAUGCUUAUUAUGUCAUAAUGGUUGUAAAUUUUUGGGCAGCAUUGAUAAGCACUGUCUUGACAUUGAUUACUCUUGCUUCGUUUGGAAAAUUACGUGAAUUUCCUCACAUUGUCAGAUUUUACAUUUUGUUGAGUUCUGCUCUGUAUGCAACUGUUUGUCUUCUUCCAUUACGCAUUGGUCUUGCAAAGGUUUACUGUGACAAACAAAAAUAUUGGAAUGAUCAAGGACACAGUACUACAGCAACAAUUGUUUCAGGUGCUCUCACUCACUACUUUUUCCUGGCAUUUUGCUUUUGGUCGUUAUGUUAUGUUAUAAACGCUUACACGGUCAUUGUAAGACAUGUACAUAAGGUGCUUUAUAAAAAACACAAAUAUCAUUUAAUCCAGCUCUUGAUUUGUUCAUUCACACCUGCAUUAUUUGUGGCUUUGAAUAUUGCAAUUGAGAAACCAGGGUAUGAAACAUUAUUCUUGGACAGAAUGACCUCAGUAUUCACAACACCAACGGGAGAAUAUGUUACCUUCACUUUACCUAUUCAAAUUUCGCUUGGUAUCACGAUAUCACUUCUUUGGGCCAUUGUGCGCUACGUAAGAAAGGUACGAAAGAAUAACGCAUCAACGCAAGCAAUCCGAUCUGGUGAAGAUAUCAAAGGAUUCAUUAAUGCAGAAUGUCAGUUCACGAAACUUGCUCUCUUGUUCAUUGUUACAAUCAUUGUUGUUUUAUGUUCUCAAGUUGUGCUAUUGAACAGAAAUGAAGACUAUCUACACAAUUUUUCUGAAUACUUCGCAUGCCUCAAGAAACAUGGCAAACGAUGUAAAAUGCCUGAAAGUCAGAUAUUCAUCCUGUCCAGCGUACAGAUAUGUGCCCCUGGAUUUUAUUGUCUUAUCAACUUUUUCUUGUUAUUCUUUAACAAAGACACUCGCCAUGUCUGGAAAAAAUGGUGCAAAGUUUUUUCUAUAUGUUCUCCUGGGAAAAAGACCAAUAAAGAUGAGACAGACUUGCCAAAUGUUAGUGGGUCCUUGAUGAAAAACGAAGAACAAACACGGUCGAGUACUCUGGAAACAAAUGUAAUAUGAAUAUUUUGGAUAAACUCACACCUAUAACUACGCAACAACUCUUGCAGACACCGCUUGAGAAGAUAUAUUUUACAAACUGAAUAUUUUUGAAUGACCAGCAUAGAAUUUAUGUAAUUUUUUCUUAUUCUUUGUUUGGACUUUCCGACUUUGCCAUAAAGAUAUUGCGUACAAAACAAAAGGGGACUAUGGGAUAUUAAUAUGUUUAGUUCGUCUGGGCUGUAAGCACUUGUGCUGUGUUUGUACAUCAUUGGUACACAUCUGUUGAAAUAAAGUUGUAAGUUUAA